GAAGGGGAGGGACUAGCUGAGUCCAGGGAGUAAUAAAUGCUUCAGAGAGAGAGAGAGGCUGAUCCCAGCUACCUUGAAGAAGGCGUCAUGUGGUUGCUUCCAAACCAGCCCUCAUUGGGCUGCCUCUGGGUCCAAUGAUCAACCCCCACCUUUGAGGUGAGGUGGGUGUUGAGCCUUGUGUGGUGGCACCCUCUUGGUGGAACAGCCUCCCUAGUUUUAUAUUCCAGGUACCUCUGCUUCUUCCUUUCACAACCAGAUGGGACCAGUCAACUGCUUCAGGCUCUACUGCCUCAGCCUCCUGGCUGCUAGACUUUUUCUGAGACCGGCCUCCUCCUCAGAGUUGGGCAAACACUAUCUAGGUAUCAGAAGUUUUGUUUGGAAUGAAGCCAAUGUCAUUGGCUCUAAAACAUGUCCCCGUGGCUGGAGGUACUACCAAAAAAGCUGCUAUGGACUCUUCACGGAUCAUCUGACCUGGUCAGCUGCAGAGGUUGAGUGCUUUAAUGUAAACAGCAAAGCUCAUCUGGCAUCCAUCCUGAACUGGCAAGAGAUGAAAGAGAUAGCCAAAUACAUUAACAAUACGUACAAUGAUGUGGGCCAUAUUUGGAUUGGACUGAAUGACCCCAACGAGAACCAACGGUGGCGAUGGUCAGAUUUGUCCAUGGUCAGAUUCAAGCCUUGGGAUUUUGGGGAGCCCAGCAAUACUAAUAAAAAGGAGUUUUGUGUUCAUCUGACUGCCCAGUCCGGAUAUAUGAAAUGGAACGAUGCAGACUGUUCUUUGGAGAUGGCCUACCUCUGCAAAUACUCAGCCUAGCAAAGGCGGAUGUUUGAGCAGCUUUUUGAGGAGGUGGAUGACGCUGGGAAUGAUGGUGGGAAAAUCUUUGGACAAUGGGGCAAAGCAUGCCCUUUGAUGGAAGCCUUGUGCAUGCUGAUCUGCUCUAUCUGUAUGAUGUCUCUGGGCCAGUUCUUCUUUUUCAGGGUCAAACCAAUAAACUCUUUUGCAACUUC